GUUGAUAGAAGGAGGCUAUAUAUCAUCAACCAUUAUCAUUUAUCAACAUUGUCCUCUCUCUCUGGUAUCCUAUGAAUCUAACAACCCUACCCUUAAGUCUCUAAAAACAAUAAAUUUCUCUCCCAAUUUUCUUAAUAUUUCAAAUUUCAAAGAAUUUUCUAACAUCUUCUAGCUCCUACUACACCUAUAGGCAAUAAUAUAAAGUCCAGUUCAGUCAGCUGUUCCAGAAGUUGUUGCUAGUAGAAAUCUCUAAGUUUCAGCCUAGAUUCCAAUCCAGUAUGGGACUCUCACAGUAUCCAACUCCAGCAGAUGCAGGAGUGCUCUGUGUUAUUCUAGUGAACACAGCCAUAUCCAUCUCCAUUGUCAAGGAGAUGGUCCGAUCGAUCCUUCAUGUGAUUGGCAUCCACAUUGCAUCAUGGGACGAUUAUUCCAUCGAAGGCUCCUUGGACUCGUUUGAAUGUCGCAGAAGCCCAUCAGAGUCAUAUAUGGAGGAAUUCAGAAGCCAUACCCCUGCAAUUCGUUAUGAUUCCAUCUGUAUCUCUAACCACGCUGAGAAAGAGUGCUCAGUCUGCCUGACGGAUUUUGAGCCUGACGCAGAGAUAAACCAUCUCUCAUGUGGCCAUGUUUUCCACAAGCAUUGUUUAGAGAAGUGGCUCAAGUACUGGAAUGUAACUUGUCCACUUUGCAGGAAUUACAUGAUGUCUCAAGAAGGCGAAGAAGAUACUUGUCCUAUGUGAGGUUAGAAGUUUAUCGAGGCUAUAGCACUACUAUACAUCUUGAGUACAGCUUAGUAGUGUACAUGCAAUGGUUGAUCUUUGACAUUGGGUAGUUUCGUAUUUGUAAUGCUUGGCGUCCUCUCAGAGUGACGGGUCUCUUUACUGCGACCAAGAAUUCAUACAUUCGCGUACAUAAUAUAUGGAAAAUUUUGCUAUGAUGUUUUCCAUCAUGAA